UUAAUUAAUAUUGGUCUCUCGUCAGUUUUCCUGCUUCUUUAUUUUAAAUCUCACUUCUAGGUAGCUUCUCUCUCCUAACACAUGUUUCACAACUAAGCUACAAACAAGCAGACAACAGCAUGGAUCUCGAGCCAUAGCGAUACGGGCGCCCCUGGCGGUCAGUGUCCAAAACUCUGAGCCCCGGACCUGAUUCGGAACGUUUCCGGUUUGCAUAGCCGAGGCUCCAUCUAUGUUACUCCGUGAUGCAAACGUGCAGACAACCCAUGCCCUAGGCAGGGUUAUACUUAUUUGCGAAUUGAAUAAAUUGUUACGUUUGUGUGCAGUUUUCCUUUGUAAUACUAAGUAACCUAUAUAUUGUGUAAUAAUGCAAGUGUCUGAUCCAAAUAAUGUUAAAAUCUACAACCUUAGCGCAGGAAAGUCACUGCCAGAGUGGCUCUCUGAUAGAAAAAGAAGAAGUUUACAAAAGAAAAAUGUUGACAUACGCCGGCGCAUCGAACUUAUACAAGACUUUGACAUGCCUGGAGUUAGUACAUCAGUACGUCUAUCCAAGGACGGGCAGUAUGUGAUGGCGACAGGUAUUUACAAACCUCGGGUGAAAUGCUUCGAUGUGAACAACCUCUCAAUGAAGUUUGAGAGGUGCUUUGACUCGGAGGUGGUUACUUUCGAAAUACUUUCAGAAGAUUUUACCAAGAUGGUUUUUCUUCAAUGUGAUCGCUAUGUAGAAAUUCAUUCAGGACCAGGAAGAUAUUACAGACUCAGAAUUCCAAAAUUUGGUCAUGAUAUGAAGUAUCAUUAUCCCUCCUGUGAUUUAUAUUUAGUUGGUUCUAGCCCACAAAUCUACAGAUUAAAUUUAGAAAGAGGGCAGUUUUUAAGUCCCUACACCUCUGAAGCAUCAGACAUUAUGUGUUGUGGUAUUAAUCCUGUACAUCACCUUCUACUCUGUGGCACAAAAGAAGGGAAAGUGGAAGCAUGGGAUCCCAGGUCUAGAUCUAGAGUUGGCCUAUUGGACUGUGCUCUGGAUGUUGUCGCGGAAAACAAGCUGGAGACAUUUCCUUCUGUAACUCAUUUGUCUUUCAAUGGCGGAUUGACUAUGGGUGUGGGCACAGCUACUGGUCAAAUUUUACUCUAUGACAUUCGGUCAAAUAAACCUUUCUAUGUAAAAGAUCAUAUGUACAAUUUGCCUAUCAAGCAUAUAGCUUUCCAUCAACAGCAAGAACUUGUUCUAUCUAUGGAUAGCUCAGUGGUUAAAAUUUGGGACCGAAAUAAUGGUAAAAUUUUUACUUCAGUUGAAGCUACAUCCCAGUUUAAUGAUCUCUGUCUUGUUCCAAAUUCUGGUAUGUUCUUCCUGGCUACUGAAAGCCCGAAAAUGCAAACCUAUUAUAUCCCUAGCUUAGGACCCGCACCAAGAUGGUGUAGUUUUCUGGAUAAUCUUACAGAAGAAAUGGAAGAAAGUAAAACUGAAACUAUGUAUGACGAUUAUAAGUUUGUCACUAAACGCGAAUUAGAGGAUCUUGGUUUGGAUCACCUUAUUGGAACCAAUUUAUUGAGGGCUUAUAUGCAUGGAUACUUCAUGGACAUAAGGUUGUACAAGAAGGCCAAGAAUGUUGCUGAUCCAUUCGAGUUUGAGCAGUACAGGAAGAAAAAGAUUAAGGAGAAGAUUGAGGAAGAACGUGCCAACAGAGUUGUUUUGCAGAAAUUACCUAAAGUUAACAAAGAUCUGGCUUUGAAGCUAAUGGAUGAGGAACCAAGCAAGAAGAAGAGUAAGACGGAGACUAAUUUACUUCAGGAUAACAGAUUUAAAGCUCUCUUUGAAAACCCUGAAUUUCAAGUUGAUAAGAAUGCAGAGGAAUAUAGGUUACUGAACCCAGUCUUGAAUAGAGUUGACAAGAGCAAAAAGAAAGAACUGCAGAAUAAGAUUUUGAGUCAGAGUCAAUUUGAACAAGUUGAUGAUGAGCCAGAGGGUCGCCCAAGUUCAGAUGGUGAUUCAGAUUUUGAUGAGUCAAGUUCUGAUGAUGACCAAGAAUGGUCUAAAGAAGUUCAAAGGCAGCACCGCCUCAUUCGCAAAGAGCGUCAGGAAAAGGAAGAUGAGGAAGAGGACGAACGGCGGCAAAAGGUUUUAGCCAUGCGGAAUGGAGAUGUGAAUGCCAAACAGCCGAAAUUCUUUGAACUUCGGCCGGGAGAAGAGUUCAAAGGGCUUAAACAAGGCCUGAAACGGAAGCAUUCCCUAAAAGCAAGUUUGGGUGAACGCUUGCAGCAAGAGGACAAUGCUGUUCGGAUUAUAGGCUUCUCUGGCAAUAGGGAAAUGACUUUCAGCACUAAAAAGGCAAACAAAAAUAACAAGAAAGAAGAGGAACAAAUGAAACGCCAUAGGGAGGAGCGGAAAAAACUCCUCAGACCAGCUCGAGGAUUAAAAAGUCGUCCAAAUUAUUGGAGUAAAUAAGUUUUGGAGUUAAAUACAUCCUAUACAGGAAACCCC